AAUAUAAAUCACCGACUAAAAUAGAGCAUGAUGCGGAAAUUGAUACGAGUAUAAAUUGGUUUUCAUGGAAGAAAAAUUUGGGAGUUUCGUUUCAUUUCAUACAUGUAGUAUUUCUCCCCUUUCCUCAAUGCUCUUCCUAAAAUUGAAUCAUUCGCAAGUCAAGAGUUAGCACACCCAGAACGUUACUGUUGAUUUGGCUUGAACUAUAUAGUAAAGAGGCAUACUAAUGUCUUCAAGAUCGUUGAGGAGACGACUCCAUCACGGGGAUGUCGAUGGCAAAAGGAAGGAGCAUUUCGAUUCUUCGGGAUUAGAUUCUUUGAGUGAGCCCUUGCUGGCUGAUGAUGAUUAUGCCGAGAAUAAGAAGAUAUGUACUCUUGAAGAUCUAUGGGAUGACGAGAGGAAGAGGGCGCAGUUUCAUUGGACAUUCAUAUUCUCAAACAUCAUUGCGCAAUGGGCUCAGUGGUUAGCAAAUGUUGUACUAGGAUCUGGAUCUAUUAUUGGGCGUCUUUUGUCUUUUCCUUCUUCUGCCUUAAAUUUGCCAAACAAUAGGAUGCUUCCUUCAUCACUAAGCCCUCUGCAGGAAGUAAGACUGAGACACCUACGACAACGGCUUGAAGUUCCCUUUGAUGGUUCCAAGGCUGAGCACCAAGAUGCGCUUAAACAACUGUGGAAAUUAGCUUACCCUGACAGGGAGCUUCCUCCGCUUAAAUCGGAACUUUGGAAGGAAAUGGGAUGGCAAGGUUCAGACCCUUCAACUGAUUUUAGGGGUGGAGGAUUUAUUUCAUUAGAGAAUCUCAUCUUCUUCGCAAAGACGUAUCCAGAUUCAUUCCAGCGAUUAUUGAAUAAACAAGAUGGAACCAGAGCAGACUGGGAAUAUCCGUUUGCAGUAGCUGGAAUCAACAUUUCUUUUAUGUUGGCUAAUAUGCUGGAUCUUCAAGCAGGGAGUCCAUCUUCUUUGUCCGGAAUCCGUUUUCUCAAAUUGCUUGAAGAGGAUGAAAUGGCAUUUGAUAACCUUUUUUGUAUUGCUUUUCAAAUGAUGGAUGGUCAGUGGCUAGCGAAGCGUGCGACAUAUAUGGAAUUUAAUGAUGUUUUGAAGUUCACCAGAGCGCAGUUAGAGCGCGAGCUUGCUUUGGAAGACAUCUCCAGCGUUAAAGAUUUACCUGCUUACAGCAUGUUGAGAUGAUUGACAAUUGUGAUUUAGUUCCAACAUUUCUCUGUUUUUCUUUUGACGGAGAAUAUUAAGAUGAAAUGUGUCUAAAGCAUUUGCCACUUUAUCUGUAUACAGAAACGGGAAAAUGAAGAAUUGCAAAUAUCAGAUAAAUCUUUUUUAUUGAUUUCCGUCAUGCUUGUAUUUAAGCAUGUGUAUGAGCAUGUAGGAAGUUCUUCAUAAAAUUUCAGCUCCCCAAUAAUUACCAUAAUUCAAGUGUA